GCAGAUUUCACACCCGGGGACGACAGCCAACCUGAUGAUGUCAGAUGUGAGCUGGAAGAGAAGGAGAAAUCACACAAAAUCUGCUGCAGCUCCUCUUUAGUCAAGCAGAUGAGUUUUGCUAAGCAUCUUGGUUGUUUUGCUCCACGGAGUGCUUUAAUGGAAGGUCAUUUGAAGCCCAAUCUGAGCGACCAUGAGCGCGCUUGACUUGACUUCCAUCCUGGAUUUCCUGGAGACGGCCAACUUGACGGAGAUCAACUGGACGUGCAACAACGGCGAGUGCAUCACGGUGGACGCGACAACAUGCCCCGGCACGCUCAACAAGAGCGCCCUGCUCUACACUCUGUCCUUCUUCUACAUCUUCAUCUUCGUCAUAGGCCUGGUGGCCAACUCGGUGGUGGUGUGGGUCAACCUCCAGGCCAAAAUGACCGGCUAUGAAACCCACCUGUACAUCUUCAACCUGGCCAUCGCCGACCUGUGCGUGGUGAUCACCCUUCCCGUGUGGGUCAUCUCGCUCGUCCAGCACAACCAGUGGCACAUGGGGGAAAUCACGUGCAAGAUAACUCACCUGAUAUUUUCCAUCAACUUGUACAGCAGCAUCUUCUUCCUGGCGUGCAUGAGCGUAGACCGCUACCUCUCAGUCGCCUAUUUCACCAACUCCAGCAGCCGCAAGAAGAAGAUCAUCCGCCGCUGCAUCUGCAUCCUGGUGUGGCUCCUGGCUUUCUCCGCGUCCCUCCCGGAUACCUAUUACCUCAAGACGGUCUCCUCCAGCAACGAGACCUACUGCAGGCCCGUUUACCCCGAAGAGAGCUUCAAGGAGUGGUUGAUUGGCAUGGAGCUCAUCUCUGUGGUGCUGGGCUUCCUCAUCCCCUUUCCCGUCAUCGCCGUGUUUUAUUUCCUCCUGGCCAAGAGCAUCUCCGCCUCCAGCGACCAGGAGCGGAAGAGCAACGGGAAGAUCAUCUUCUCCUAUGUCGUGGUGUUCCUGGUGUGCUGGCUGCCCUACCACGUGGCUGUCCUGCUGGACAUCUUCUACAGCCUUCAUUUCAUCCCCUUCAGCUGCCAGAUGGAGAACUUCCUCUACGCCACCCUCCACAUCACUCAGUGUUUCUCCCUAGUCCACUGCUGUGUCAACCCCAUCCUGUACAGCUUCAUCAACCGCAACUACAGAUACGAGCUCAUGAAAGCCUUUAUUUUCAAGUACUCUGCCAAAACUGGCCUCACCAAACUCAUUGACGCCUCCAGAGUGUCAGAAGCAGAAUACUCAGCUCUGGAGCAAAAUGCCAAAUGACUGCAACCCCAGAAAGAAACUUCACUGACUCUCUGAACUGAUGUGGUUUUUUUGUGUGUUACGAUUUGUUUGUUUGUUUGUUUUUUACCCCUUCCUUUCAAUGUGCUUGUUAUAAACGGGGCGUGAAUUCCAGCCUACAAAAGAGAGAGGACAAAGUGUAAUUUAAGAGUAGGAUCAGUUGCAAAGUGGAAGUGGUACCAAAAUGAAAACCUUUUCUCCUCCUAGCCCAGUGUGGACUCCUCAACAAUGCUAUGCAAAUGGAAAUGACUUCCUAGCAGACAAAGCCAUUGUGUACCAUAGAUAACACGGAUAAGCUUCUCCUUCCACGUCGUGAUUCCCUCUUGUCUCCUUGUAUAUGUUGAUAUAUAUAGUGUGUGUUGUAUUUAAAAGCUCAAGACUUUAUUUUCUGCCUCUUGGUGUACCUUAUACAAGUGUAUUUGAAAGUUAAAUAUAUUUUUUAUCAUGUAUUUGAAGUAUAUUGCUGAUGAGUGUAUCCAGAGUGCUGUAGUCUGUGUGUUAGGUGGCCGUUUGGCUCCAGGAGGAUGCUGAUAAAUAGGAUGGAAAUGAUCUCUUGGGAGCAUCCUCCCUGGCUGGCACACUUUACGGACCGUGGCUUUAUGUGGUGUCACACCCACAUGCUGGAGCAUGAAAUAUAUGUAGUGUAACAUAGCUGCCAUCAUGUUAAAAUUAACAGUAUUGUCAGAGUCCUUAACUCCUACACCCCUGCUUCAACAGGCUGUAUCCUCCUGCACAGAGUGAGUGAUCUUACUGCUGAGAGUUGUCUCUAUUUGUAAGUUAUUUUUGUAAAAUAAAGAUCUGAGGAAAGAA